CAUCUUCUUCUUUUCUUUACUCGGCUAAUCCCAACUAACAAAAGCUCCAUCAAUGGCCGCUUACGGAGUCUUCUCAUUCUUCUUUGUCGUCUACUUCUUUCGUUCUCAUGUAGCGGCAGCGAACAUCAAGUACUGCGGAGUAGAAAAUUGUAACCCCCUCAGACCCGGACCAAAAGUUCACUUCCCUUUCUGGUUGAGAAACUCAUCACAAACCCGUCGAUGCAGCUACCGAACCGAGUUCGACCUCUCGUGCAACGAACAGAGGCAGACGAUUCUCCGGCUAGGGUCCGGCGAAUUCACCGUCCAGCAAAUCGAUUACGAAGGACAAUCUAUCUUCAUCAACGACCCCGCCGGUUGCCUCCCCAAGCGAUUCAUGAAUCGAGAAUUCGAUAACUUCAGCGCUACUCCUUUUACGAUCAAUCGAAUGGAAAACUACACGUUUUUUAAUUGCUCCAAGGAUUUCAUGGCGAUAGCGGAGUGGCUCAACCGUAUUGAUUGCCUCAGUGGCCAAAACAGAGAGUUUGCUGUUGUCGCCGUACCGACUGAAGAUCUUCAGUAUUACAGACAUGACAGGGCACCGACGUUAGAUUCACCGUCGCCUUCGCCGUCGCCGUCAUCAUCAUCGCCGUCGCCUACGUGCUCGGUGAUUACGACGGCUAUGGUUCCGCGUUCAUUCAACCCGUUCUCUAGAUUCGACAGGUUUUCGGAUAUCACCGGAAGUAUCCAGCUAGCAUGGAGCGACCCGAAUUGCAGAGAUUGCGUCGAGCGUGGUGGAAAAUGCGGGUUUCAGAGCGGUUCGGAUACAAGAAUUGGAUGCUCCGUUUCUACAAUCGAGUCAAAUCACGGUCUUCCAAGAACUGCAAAAUAUGGCAUAAUCAUAGGAGUUGGAAUACCAGGACUCCUAUGCAUAAUUGGGCUAGCAAGCUUCAUAUGUGGCAGGGUAAGGGAAUGUGGGCAGCGGCGCCGCCGGCCCUUCUCGGACUACACCGGGCCGGAGCAUCCGACGCCGGUGAUGGUGGUAAUGGGCUACGAUGGGCCCACAAUUGAAUCGUUCCCCAAGAUUGAGUUGGGAGAGAGUAAGAGAUUGCCAAAGCCCAAUGACACCACUUGCCCAAUUUGUUUGUGUGAGUACGAGCCCAAAGAUACGUUGAGAACCAUACCGGAAUGCAACCACUAUUACCACGCCAGUUGCGUCGACGAGUGGCUCAAAAUGAACGCCACUUGCCCACUUUGCCGUAAUUCUCCGGACACUGAUAGUGCUUCUUCUUCCCAUGUUAGUCCUUCUACUUCGGUUUCUCAUUCUUCUUCUUCUUUUGAAUCUUCGUAGAUGAAUUUAUAGUUCAUUUUUUGAAAAAUUUAACUUUGAUUUGUACAUACCCUGUUUGGAUGUAGAUUUCAUAAAUGGGUUGUUAUGUAUUCAUGUCAAUGUGGAUCUUAGAUGAGUGAAACAUUUUUGGUCCUAGUCGGGUCUCUGUCCUUUUCAACAUUUGUUAAUUGUGAUGCUGUGAUUCUGUGUU